CUCCAUCUGUUUCACCGUUCAGAUAAAAAUGUCUUUGUGCUCAAAAUCCUUUCGGAUCAAUGUUUUUGAAAUUUUCUCCAUCAUUGUCUUAGUGGGAUCAUUUAGUCUCAGAAUUGGAGAGAGCAAAAAUGUUCAAGUUCUAAAAAAGGAUAGCAAAAUCGACUACUCUGCUUUAAAUUGUCGGAAGCACAGUGCAUUGUUGACAGAUUUUGGAGGAGUUGGCGAUGGAAAAACAUUGAACACAAAGGCAUUUCAAUCUGCCAUUGCCAAUCUAAGCCAAUAUGCUUCGGAAGGCGGAGCAGAGCUUAUCGUACCACCAGGGAAAUGGUUAACUGGAAGCUUCAAUCUCACUAGCCAUUUCACCCUUUUUCUCCACAAGGGUGCUGUUAUUCUUGCUUCUCAGAAUGAGUCAGACUGGCCUCUUAUCGCUCCAUUGCCUUCUUAUGGGAUAGAUCAAAAUCUAACUGAUGGAAGAUUCUCCAGCCUCAUCUUUGGAAUGAACCUCACUGAUGUUGUUAUUACUGGUAACAAUGGCACAAUUGAUGGGCAGGGUGCUCCAUGGUGGGACAAGUUCAAGAACGGUCUAUAUAAGGCAACCCGACCAUUUCUGAUUGAGCUCAUGUACACUAAUGAACUCCAAAUAUCAAAUAUUACUUUAACCAAUUCUCCAUUUUGGCACGUCCAUCCUGUGUAUUGCAGUAAUGUCGUGGUCCAAGGGGUGACGAUUCUUGCACCAGUUGAAGUCCCCAAUACAGAUGGUAUUAACCCAGAUUCAUGCACAAAUGUUCGGAUAGAAGAUGUUUACAUUGUCUCGGGAGAUGACUGCAUUGCAGUUAAAAGUGGGUGGGACCAGUAUGGAAUUAAAGUUGGAAUGCCCACACAACACCUCAUUAUAAGAAGGCUAACCUGCAUUUCCCCAGAUAGCGCUACCAUAGCUCUUGGAAGUGAGAUGUCUGGAGGACUUCAAGAUGUUAGAAUAGAGGACAUCACAGCCAUCAAUACCGAAUCUGCUGUUAGAAUCAAAACUGCACCUGGAAGAGGAGGCUAUAUUAAAGACAUAUUUGUGAGAAGGAUGACCUUGAAGACUAUGAAAUAUGUUUUCUGGGUUUCAGGUGCUUAUAAAACACACCCAGAUGACGGCUAUGAUCCAAACGCACUAGCUGAGAUUAAAAAUAUAAACUACAGAGACAUUGUAGCCGAGAAUGUGACUAUCCCAGGAUCACUUACUGGAUAUGCUAAUGAUCCUUUUACUGGUUUCUGCAUUUCUAAUGUGACUAUGACAUUGAGUGAAGAAGCAGCAAAAGAGUUGUCAUGGAACUGCACUGACAUAAAGGGAGUUUCAAAGAAUGUGACUCCUAAGCCAUGCAAUUUGUUGACUGAGCAAGCCACCGAUUGCUCUUUCCCAGAGGAUAAGCUGCCAAUUGAAACCAUUCAAAUGAAAACUUGUUCUGCUAAGGAAGUUUUCCUGUAAGUGUACUCUAAUUGAAAUAUAAUAUAAUUAUAAAAGAAAUGAUUGGUUGGUAGAGUUCAAUAC